AUGUCUCCAACCACGUAUCUCAUCACUGGAGCCAGCCGAGGACUUGGUCUCGGUCUCCUCAAGGCUUACCUCUCUCGACCGAACACCACUGUCAUUGCUGCAGUCCGGAAUCCUACAUCGGCCUCAUCUCUCAAUACCCUUCCCAAAGGCGAGGGCAGCACUCUCAUCAUCGUCAAGAUUGACAGCGCCUCUCAUACCGACGCAUUGGCCGCCGUCAAAGAACUUACCACCGUCCACAACAUCAAUACUCUGGAUGUGGUGAUCGCAAACGCUGGUAUCUCCAACACUUUGGCCCCUGUCGCGAUUGUACCCCUUUCCGAGAUAGAGGAGCACUUCAAUGUCAACGCCAUUGGUCCAUUUCUCCUCUUCCAAGCUUGUUUCCCGUUGUUGAAGAAGGGAAGUAAGUUCAUCGGCAUGAGUUCUGCUCUGGCCACCAUUUCAGGAAUGGAGAUGAGACCUUUCCCUAUGACAGCAUAUGGGGUCAGCAAAGCUGCCUUGAAUUAUUUUGUCAGGAAGAUUCAUUUUGAGAAUGAAGAGCUGAUUUCAUUUGCUCUGGAUCCUGGAUUUGUGCAGACCGAUAUGGGCAACACGGGUGCUCAACUUGUUGGUAUGAAAGAAGCGACGACCCCAAUCGAUGACUGUGUUGCCGGCAUGUUGAAGAUUAUUGAUGAGUCGACUCGAGAGAAGACUUCUGGGCGCUUUCCUAUCUGGGAGGGAGGAGAGUUCCCAUGGUAG